GUUAUGCUCACUAUUUCUUGCCCUUUCAAUUGAGAACCCAGCCUAUCUUCUGGCUCUAAAUGUGGAACCUACUUAGGGGCACUAGGUCACUUCUAUUCCCGCAUGGCCAGUCGGCCACAGCAGUACCCGAUGAGGAGGAAUUAUUGUCGCUAGAUCUUGAAGAAAAUGACUUCCUGUAUCGUAUAAGAAGAAAUUCUCGGAUCGUAUAUGUUUCCGUGCUUGAUGGAAACAUUCUCCCGCCUGAUUGCAGGACAGAUAGCUACCGGGUCCUUUCGAAGCUACGAAAAAUACCGAGGUGGGAGGAGGACUGGGAAACACUUACCAUUCGAAGAAGUUCUCAGGGCAUUGAGAGCAGUCCAAACGAAUUUUUGCCCCACGGACUAGACGUCGAACAGGUUAAUAUCCCCGGCGCCAUUUUUGUCAACCUUCUAGAUUUGACAACGGUUUCUCGGAUCAGCGAUCGUAUCUCUUGUGUAAAACUCGGUACGGAGUCGUGGAUACUAAAGGUUGCACGAUUUAAACAUGAAAUUCCGGCCUUGCAGCAAGAAGUUUCAGUAUAUGCUAGUCUGACAUUGUCUGGCUUCCCACAUGCACCGAAAUUCAUUGGCUUUGUCUACGAGGGAACAGAGGCUCGCAUAGUUGGCAUAUUAAUGGAGUCAAUUACGGGUAAAACCCCAGAGAUUCAGAAUCUCAGAGAUUGCACGGAAGCUGUCCGCCGCUUGCAUGCAGAAGGAAUCGUUCAUGGGGACCUCAAUAAGUACAACUUCUUGAUAACAAAAGACGGUGCAAAGGUUUUUGACUUUGAAAACUCCAUUGUUCAAGAAACGGUGGACCCGGAAACAGCUGAGAGUGAGAUGGAAACCCUUGCAAUCAAAUUGAAAGACGAAUCCGGCAUCGGCAAGCGUUAAGUUCCUGGUCUGGUUACUCAUAGCGCGCUUCUAUGGGUAAUAGAGACCUACUCGUCGGGCCUUUCAAGCGCUCUGCAGACAUGACCGGCAUCUAUGGGUUGAAACUUUGACUUCUUUAUACUGUAACUGUGUGCUCGAGCACCUCAACCCCUCAUUGUUCGCAUGCUUCUCACAUUUCACAAAUUGGCCAUCCUUCG